GCUAAUUGAUUAAUUAUUGUGUUGCAGAAUGACCAACAGCAGCCCUCUGUAAACAAAAAUGUGAUAUUUUGAAACGCAGAUUUAGAAUACAGUUUUCCUAUCACUGUGCAGCGUGCCUAGUUAAAUAUUAUACACAGUUUUAAAGGCCUACGUCAUAAAUUAAGGUGCAGAUCAUUGAGCAUUUAUGGGUCGAAAUCCAAAAUACUAAGUAACCUGCAUCACGCAAGACAACUGCAGUAUUCCAGAGAGCUUGUUUUUGUAUUUGUCUUAGGCCAGUCUAUUUACCCCAUAAUAAAUACAAAUAUAUUUUUUACAUUAUCUUAACGAUGCAGGUUGAACCUAACCAAGAAAUAUAUAUAUUCUAUAUAUUUUUGUUAUUAAUACAAUCCAUCCAUGGGGAGGUUUGAUUGCGGACAGAGCAGCAGGCCUACAGUGUGUGCUACUUUGAACUUGUUGCCCAUCCACCUAAUUCUGCAAUGCAGACAAUACAUUUAAAUGGUGUAAAUAGAGAAGUAGUUCAACAGUUCUACUAAGAGCUGGGUUUUUGAACACUGCUGAAAUGUGUCUAUGUUUUUAUGUAGUGAUUCUGUAGUGCAGCAAAGCAGGACAUAUUUGAGACUGGACACCUAGUUGGACUGUCAUGGCAACUACGCAUCUAUGUCCAGCUUUACAAAUGCUCUUCUUCUCGAGCAUUUGCUCUUUCGGUUCAUCAUCGGGUUAUUAAUUGUAAAAGGUGCGAUUGACGCAUACAGUUCUGUACUCAGAUGUUUAUUCAAAUAAAAAUGUAGAUACGCAGUAGAAGAAGAAACAACAAUGCAUGCUGUCCUGCAAUGUUAUGCCAAGCAGCACAUUCAGACAGUUGACUCAAACAUGCUCCAUUAUGCUUCAUUCCCUAAAAUGGAAAGAAUAGGCCAUACCCUGUGGAUAUGACACUUCCCAUUCUGUUUCCCCUUGAUAAAAAAAAACAUGUGUACACAUGUUGAGCUAUGCAAUGCUCUGCAUCUGCAUUGGGUCCAACGUGCAACUAUUAAUGCCACCUCAUGCAAUGAUUUGGAAGUUUGGCAGAUAAACUCAAAUUCAGUUUUGCCCUGCGCUAUUGAGCAGAUGAGAUGGCUUGGGUUGCUGCUCGCAUGCACCCACUCAGGCUGCCAUGGCUAACCCCUUCCUAUUUAUACACUUGGUGUGGGACCAUGUCAGGGGACGACUGUUAUUUAUAGUCAAUGUCGAAGUUAGACUACAGAUCGUAACAAAGACAGCACCGGAGGCCGGCGCCAUGCUGACCAGCAUCACUGAAGGGAUCCUCUGCUGCCUGACUGGGAAAGCUGCCAGUCUGGUCUUGCCCCUGGAAUCCUCCGAGCCCUCAAACGGCUUUGAGUUUGUUGAGGUCAAACCGGGCCGAGUUCUACGGGUGCGACACAUCGUCCCCGAGCGGCAGCCCGUGGUCACCGAAGACCAGAUGUCCUCGGGGAAGAAGAAGACGAAAGUGGACUCUAAUGAGGACGAUGGCGGUUCUGAGGACGUGAUGAAAGGCCCCCCAAAGGGUAGCAGUGUGCACUGCAAGAGGAAGAUCACAGUGUAUCGCAACGGGCAGCUGGUGAUCGAGAACCUGGGCGACGUGCUGCACUCGGAGAUCCUGCAGUGUCAGGACGGGGACCUGGAGCCCUGCAGCACCGUGGAGGUGGAGCUGGCUGACUACAAGGAAUUGGCCUCUUCCCCAGAACCCAACCCCAUGCCUCCCCGCGUCCCCCCUCACGCCGGGGACCAGAAGCCGGCUCCGCCCCCCCGGCGCCGGCGCCGCAAGCCCAAGCGCACGGUGCUCAUCGACUCCAAGAGGGCGAUCUCCAGCUGCAAGGGGACGCAGUCGGACGUAGCUCUGUUCUUUGUGCACGGCGUCGGCGGCUCCCUGGACAUCUGGGGCAGCCAGUUGGAUUUCUUCUCUCGGCUGGGCUACGAGGUGAUCGCGCCGGACCUAGCCGGCCACGGCGCCAGCAAGGCCCCCCCGAUCGCAGCGGCGUACACAUUCUACGCCCUGGCAGAGGACCUGCGCGCCAUCUUCAAGAGAUACGCCCGCAAACGCAACAUCCUCAUCGGUCAUUCAUAUGGAGUGUCGUUUUGCACCUUCCUAGCACAUGAGUAUCCGGACCUGGUCCAUAAGGUAGUGAUGAUCAACGGAGGAGGUCCUACAGCUCUUGAGCCGAGCCUCUGCUCUAUCUUCCAGCUGCCAUCGUGUGUCCUCCACUGCCUGUCUCCCUGUCUGGCCUGGAGCUUCCUCAAAGCUGGCUUCGCCCGCCAAGGGGCCAAAGAGAAGCAGCUGCUGAAGCAGGGCAACGCCUUCAACGUGGCCCCCUUUGUCCUCCGUGCCAUGAUGAGCGGCCAGUACUGGCCCGAGGGCGACGAGGUGUACCACGCUGAGCUCACCGUGCCCAUCCUUCUGGUGCACGGCAUGUGCGACAAAUUCGUGCCCAUGGACGAGGACCAGCGCAUGGCGGAGAUUCUCUUGUUUGCAUUCCUCAAAGUCAUCGAGGAGGGAAGUCACAUGGUAAUGAUGGAGUGCCCUGACACCGUUAACACCCUCCUGCAUGAGUUCUUCCUAUGGGAGCCCGACAUGUCCAAAACAGAGAGCAUCAAAUGUGACACAGAGACAAAGGCUACCACCAACGACAUAGUCCAGACACUGAGAGUAAACAAGACUGUGGACAAAUAACCAGAACAAUGAGUCUUGGUUUAGGGUAGAACCGAUCAGAGGGCCAUCUUUUGAGAGUUGGCACGUGUCCAUAAGGCUGCUUAUUGGCUGAGAUCUGUUACAAAAAUAGAGCCGCGCCUCGGAGAAUGAUGGUGGCUGAUGGUGCUCCAAGAUAAGGCAGAACUAUGAAACAAAAUCUGAGUGGAUGGGGAUAUCCUUACCGUGAGCGAAAUAGUCUGCUUCUAUAUUUGGCAGAUACGUGUGCGUGUGCGCUCAUCACGUGGUGUUUGCAAAAUCACACGAUACCUGGAUGUCCAAAGGACUCAGCCCAUUUGUGAUUUGUGUAUCCAAUGUGUUGGAAAAGUGAAAAGACCAAAGUGAAACAGGCCCAUGCCGAAGUGGUAUGUCGAUUUCAUUGCCUUCAUCUAAUAUUCUCUGUAAAGCGCUACAGAUUGCGAACUGCCAUUGUUAAAUGGUCGUUGAUUAAUAACACUUGUGCCCAUCUUACAUGUGCUUUAAAUGGAAAAAUGGCCUAAAUAUAUAUAUAUAUAUAUAACGUUGGAGUUAAUCAACCCAUUAAUUGUUUCUUAUUCGGACACCAUAGGAAAAAUGGUGAUGAAAGGUUAUAUGUGUUAUGAUGUUGUUUAACCAAAUGAUGACUGGAAGGGAGUUAAGGACGUUAAGGUUACGAAUAUUCACAUGAAUCAACAUGAAAGUAAAUCAUCAACCAUUGGUUCUAUACUAGUUAGUAAUUAAGUGUACACUUAUGUCAUACUUGACCAUACUAAAUUACUAAAACCUAUUCAAGGUACUGCUCAAAGUAAUGUAUUGUUAAAACAAACAUGUUUAAAAUGUAAACUGCCUGUUUUGUGCAUCAUAUAUCACAGAUCAUUCGAUCAAGACUGAAGGUGUAUGUGAAGAUAGAAACAUAUGCCAAAUGACCUAAAACGAAUCAGUAUUGCAAUAGUAUGUUGAAAUAUCACCCCAAUCAUCCAGGGACAAAGCAUACAAAUAUACCGUGCUUGGGUUUAUUUUAGAGAAGCUAAUAUAUUCCUGUUUUCUUUUAAAUAACUGCCAAAAUAAUGAAAUGUAACUGUGUUAUCAUCCUAAAUGUGUUUAUCACUGAAUCAACAAAAAGCCUAACCUCUUCCAGUCAACCCUUUGUAAUUAACAAUGUCGAAAUGAAUGAAUAGGAUAGAAUUGUUGCUCGCUAAAAAUACAUUCACUCAUGGAUGUUAAUUUGUCUCACAAUGAGAUGGGAGAGACCGAAAGUAUUAAGCACAUUCUAAUAUGUUCCCUGAUUAUGCUUACCUGGUAACCGCAUGACCAUAUUUGUAUUAUUUUUUGUUGUGGUGCAGCAAUUGUAACCAAAUUGGUGAAUUAUAAGCAUUGUCAUUAAGGUCAAACACUAAUGUCAGUCAGCUGAAGGAGAAAUUCCUUUACCUAGGGGUGAACUUCUGACUUAUCAGGUUGCUACAUAUGCAUAUUUUUGGAGGAGGGAUGCAAAACGACUGGAUUUAUGCAAUCUGAGAAAUAGAUGUUGUGUUUUGUAUGAUGAAGAGGAAUGGACAUUUUAUAAAAAGAGAAGAAGUUGGCCUCUUGCCUCUAACGGCUAUAUGUAUUCAUCAUGGAUUUAAAAACAAACCAAUAAGUGCUGCUGGUACUGUAUGUAUGUCUGACACCUUUUGGUGGAAAUGGUCCAUAAUAUCAUUACAACUGCAGGGUGCACAGAUACGUAUUCUAAUGCUAAUUGAUGUGCAAUAAAACUGUCAGUGCUCCAAUGUGCUAUUAUUUGUGUUUACAAUGUGUUAAUGUGAUUGUUCAACAUAUGCACUGAUUAAAUGCAGAAUGAUACAUAUGAAAUUAUAUAGCCUAUCAAAACUGUUGAAUUCAGUGUAUGACUGUGCCUUUCUUGGCAUGAAAUAAAAAUUAUGUUUGCAAUCUAAAA